UAAAAUUGAUGUCCAAAGCAUAAAAACCCUCGUUGUUAAUCCACCAAUCUCAUUUUCUUUGCAUACGCUGUUUUUCUUCCUCCGAUGGAACUCUUCUCUCUGCAGUUUCUCCUCUUCAUCUUCCUCCUCUCUCUCUAUUUCUAUUCUUCAAAAACCAAACCCAUCUCCACAGGCUUCAAAGCCUACCCUUUACUCGGAAGCAUACCGGAAUUCCUCAAAAAUCGCCACCGCUUUCUCGACUGGACUACUGAUGUCCUCAGCCGCUGCCCAACCAACACCAGCACUAUCCGGCGUCCCGGAGGGAUUCACGGCGUCAUCACGGCAAAUCCAUUGAACGUCGAGCAUAUGCUCAAGACCAACUUCGAGAACUACCCGAAGGGCCCGCAAUUUAUAUCCAUUCUCGAAGAUUUCCUCGGCCGAGGCAUCUUCAACUCCGACGCUGAUCUCUGGAAGGUUCAGAGGAAGACCGCCAGUUACGAAUUCAACACCAAGUCCCUCCGAAAUUUCGUUUUUGAGAGCGUGACCGUGGAGACUCAGACGAGGUUGGUCCCGAUUUUGAAGAAAGCAGCAGAAACAGGACGUGUGUUAGAUGUUCAGGACAUUUUGGAGCGGUUCGCUUUUGAUAACGUGUGUAAGUUGGCGUUCAACGUCGAUCCGGCUUGUCUCGGAGGCGAUGCCACAGCCGGCGGAGAUUUUAUGCGCGCCUUCGAGGACGCUGCAACGCUCAGCUCAGGAAGGUUCAUGUAUGCGUUUCAAUCUAUUUGGAAAAUGGAGAAGUUCUUCAACAUGAGAAAAGAGAAACGACUGAAGAAAUCGAUAGCCAUUGUUCAUGAAUUUGCGGAGAAGAUCAUCCAAUCCAGACUGGAGCAAAAAGCAGAAAACAAAGACCAAGAUUUACUAUCGCGGUUCGUCGGAAACUAUGACAACUCGCCCGAAUUUCUCCGAGAUAUCGUCAUCAGCUUCAUCCUCGCCGGCCGGGACACCACAUCUUCCGCCCUGACAUGGUUCUUUUGGCUACUCUCCUUGAACCCAGAGGUCGAGACAAAUAUAUUAAAAGAGCUCGAAACAGUCCGGGCCCGAAACGGAAAAAGCAUCGGCGACACCUAUAAUUUCGACGAGCUCCGGGAACUGCACUAUCUGCACGCAGCCAUAUCCGAAACGAUGCGAUUGUACCCACCCGUGCCGGUCGACACAAAAUACUGCUUAAACGACGACGUUCUGCCGGACGGCACGUUUGUUGGCAAGGGAUGGUUCAUGACGUACAUACCCUACUCAAUGGGGAGGAUAGAGAGCAUAUGGGGCAAAGACUGUCUGCAGUUCAAACCCGAAAGAUGGCUGGAAAACGGUGUGUACCGUCAGGAAAACCCGUUUCGGUACCCGAUAUUUCAUGCUGGGCCGAGAAUGUGUCUGGGCAAGGACAUGGCUUAUAUUCAGAUGAAGUCGAUUGCAGCAUCGGUGAUGGAGCAGUUUGAGGUGAAGGUAGAGGAGAAGGACAAGUGUCCUGAGCAUUAUUUAUCACUGACGCUGAGGAUGACAGGCGGGCUAGAAGUGAGAGUGAAGGAGAGAUGUGUGGAUGUGAUAAACUGAGGGUGAAUGCUUGUACGGAAAUAAGUUACAUUGGUAUCACAGUGUAGACAAUCUAUGUGAGUUAAUAUGGUGCAUUCGUAUCGUAGUGCAGUCGAUUUA